AUUUACAUUUGAGAGGUACAUUUGUUGUUUUCACUGCCAAAUUUUCUUCCUUUUUCAUUUUCUCUUCAACAUGGAUUCAUCAAACCAGAACCAACCUUGUCCCAACCGAACCUUUAAUCACUUAUACCCAAAACCUUGUGCUGAGGAAUCAGAAUCAGAAUCACCCCCUUCCGAGACACCCCAGACCAUGGACCCUAGAGGGUAUCAAUUAGAAGUAUUUGAAGUUGCAAAGAAGAGGAAUACAAUAGCAGUUUUGGAUACAGGUGCUGGUAAAACCUUAAUAGCUGUGUUGCUUAUGAAGAACAUUGGUCAAGCUAUCAGGUCCAGUAUGUGCUUUGUUUUGAGGCAAUUAGUGCACUAUUGGUGCUAGUUCCAACUGUAGUUGUGCCUUU